AAAAACUAAUUGCAGAAAAUAUGGAUAAUAACAUUAGAGUUCUGGCUGCCUGGAAUAACCAUAGGGGCUAGCGAAGCCAGGCAGCCAAUUGACAUCAACGUUAAAUGAAAAUAAAUUACAGGUCAGCAAGGAAGCACACAUAAGUAGAAUGGAAAAGAAGAGGAAAAAAACGCUAUCACUAGGCUAUUAGGGAAGUCUGAAAUACUUAAAUUUAUAUAUGAGUAUAGCCUAUUAAUACAAGAGAAGCACGCAAUUCUAUAGAUGUGACAACUAAUAACACCUAACAAUAUUAUAUACAUAUUUAUAAACUAUAGAAGAACAUAUAAUAAGGCUGAGAAAGGUGACACAAUUUAACGAAAGGCUAAUUUACCAUUAGUCUAAUUUACCAUUAGGGAAAUGACACAACUGCAAUCUAAAACAAUGUGACUUCAUAUAUAACUAUGAUGUAACUAAUAAUCUUUAACACGACCGCUUUUUACUGAUUUUUUGAAGUUUGAUAGUCGUUUAUAUGCUACGCGUACGGCCACGACUAAAAAAACUGCUUCUUCAGAGGCACUAUGAUCCUAGUGAUAUCGGAUCACUGAUCCUGAUACGGGUAAUCCUGAAGGAACCCAAUCUUGGUAAAUCUGUCCAUUUUCUGAUGUUUCACUGCCCUUACCGAUAAAGUUGAUAACUUCCGGUAAAAUCGAUAAGAAUAACAGUAAAAAUCAACACUAACAGAGUAUCUCUUUAUAAAUUUCCGAAACAAUUUAUCGAUUUCAAUUGAUUUUUAUCGAUUAUCAACUUUGUCGAUUCAAUACGCUGGCAGCAAUGACACGAGGCAUCCCAAAGGGCGUGUGAAAUAAGAGCUGAACAAACCGGAUGCUCUCGCAAACUAUCAUUAAACGUACUAAUAGCAAUGAAAUCCUAGACAACUUCCUGUCUUCUACGUUGCUUAAAAGGAACACAACUGCAUUAGAGGCGCACACUUGGAUUACAACAGCAUGGAGAAGAGAGUUAUGUUACUCCAGGCUUCCAUUUCUUUGCUUUUGUUGAUGUCUCUAGAGACAUCAACCGGCAACCAGCUUUUCUCGUCGCUGCAGUUUACUCGCGACACCCUCAUGGGCUUUUCUCGUGGCUCUGAACGAACCGUGGAAAUUCUUACGCCAGAGAAGGAGACGAAAACGUUAACAUUUCCCAGGCCUACUGCCUCGAAGACAAAAGUUAAACUCACGUUUCACAAGCGAGUAGAGAUGAAACGUCUCGGAAUAGAGAUGACCAGGGUACAUGUACCUGUAGCUUCAAAAGACAGUAGACAUGCCAUACGUCCACAUCCAGGACCAAAAGCGACAUCGAGGCCAGUGACGGAGACGGUCAUCAGAUACCAGAAGAAACGCAAGACCUACAGACCGCGCACAUCUCCAUCUAACAAGUUUCUAGAAGCCAUCAAUGGCAUCGAACGAGCAGUGGCGAACGCACGAGCGUCGGGCGUGCGUUACAGCGAAGCUACUUUGGCUAAACUGAAAAGAAUUUUGGUGACAGCCAUCAGAAGUAAGAGCUAUAAAUACGCACGGGAGGUUUUGGGACAGAUCAUGUAUCUUUUGAGCACCAAGACUUCGCCUCCGGGGCGAAGAAAGCGAAGCUCGCAAAAUGAAGGUGGUGAAUUUCUUCAGGGCCUUCGUCAACAAGUUGGCAGCUCGACGUUCGAUAGCUUCAUGGCUGUUCAAGGCGACGUUUCGCUCAUGUUUGUAAUUGAUGACACCGGAAGCAUGGGAAAUGAAAUUCAGGCGACGAAGAACAUCGCGAUUGAUAUCAUCAAUUAUCCACGCCAAGCUCCUGUGGAGUACAUUUUGUCACCUUUUAAUGAUCCUUACCCAGAUGAAUCGCCAGUAGUUUUCAAGGAUGAAAUAGACGCUGGAGAGUUCGUGGAAGCCAUAAACGACCUUACACCUCACGGGGGAGGGGACUGUCCGGAGUUAGCAUUUACAGGCAUGCUAGAAGCACUCUAUCAGGAACCACAGUGGGGGUCCCCUAUGUAUGUGUUCACGGAUGCAGGCCCAAAAGAUGCUUCAGAUGAAUUCAUCGAGGAAGUGAAAUAUUUUGCUAGUGCAGAAGAAUUUGGCGUGACGAUUAACUUCUUCACCACAGGUUUUUGCAGGUCUCAAGGAUACUCAGGCGGUGAUCCAAGAAAUCUUCACCCAGCAUUCAAGGAGCUUGCAGAGUUGACGUCCGGGCAAGCGAUCUUGUUGAAAGAUCACUGGGAACUGGAGACGCUCGAUGGAUUGACGGGAGGGGUGCUGGAGGGCACCAAUGUGAUUAGCAUGGGUUCAAACAUGUCAGGCAGAAAGAAACGAAGUGUGGGUGUAGCUGCAGACAGUCGAUAUAACAUUCCAGUUGACGAGUCCAUUGAAAAAAUGUUAGUUACGGUCAGCACCACAAAGCUAGAUACUAGAGGUUGGUAUCCCCCACACUCAGAUGAAUCGCCAGUAGUUUUCAAGGAUGAAAUAGACGCUGGAGAGUUCGUGGAAGCCAUAAACGACCUUACACCUCACGGGGGAGGGGACUGUCCGGAGUUAGCAUUUACAGGCAUGCUAGAAGCACUCUAUCAGGAACCACAGUGGGGGUCCCCUAUGUAUGUGUUCACGGAUGCAGGCCCAAAAGAUGCUUCAGAUGAAUUCAUCGAGGAAGUGAAAUAUUUAGCGAGUGCAGAAGAAUUUGGCGUGACGAUUAACUUCUUCACCACAGGUUUUUGCAGGUCUCAAGGAUACUCAGGCGGUGAUCCAAGAAAUCUUCACCCAGCAUUCAAGGAGCUUGCAGAGUUGACGUCCGGGCAAGCGAUCUUGUUGAAAGAUCACUGGGAACUGGAGACGCUCGAUGGAUUGACGGGAGGGGUGCUGGAGGGCACCAAUGUGAUUAGCAUGGGUUCAAACAUGUCAGGCAGAAAGAAACGAAGUGUGGGUGUAGCUGCAGACAGUCGAUAUAACAUUCCAGUUGACGAGUCCAUUGAAAAAAUGUUAGUUACGGUCAGCACCACAAAGCUAGAUACUAGAGGUCAAGGAAUCACCUUAAUGGACCCUGAUGACAUCAUAAUAACGUCUGGAAAACUCAGUCUGUCCCAGAUCUCUGUAUAUCAGAUCGACAACCCUAAAAAGGGAGCCUGGACUCUGGUCGUUUCGGGUGGCAAUGGCGGACACGAAUUCUACGUCAAGUCGACGAGCGAGACGAACGUUGACUUCGAGCAUUAUUUUAUCAUUUCACUGCGAGGACGCAGAGGAGUAUCAACUGAAGUGCCUAUUUCCAAUCCUGUAAUAGGAAAAUUAAACAAAAUGGUUCUAACUGUCGCUGGAUCUGAGAAAAUCGACACAAGUUCUGUUCGUCUGGAGCUCAUAACCACUGAGGGAGCCCGGAUUAGUGACGUCACCCUGCAGAGACUCAACGAUGUCCAUUUCACCGCGAGCAUCACACCACGUUCAAGCCAGCCGUUCAAGCUUAAGAUAAGAGGAACCACACGUGGCGGGAAUUCGUUCGAGAGAAUCUCGCGCCAAACCAUCAAACCAACCACAGCUUUGCUCAGGGGGAAGUACGCUAGCAAUGAUUACACCCUCCCUCUGGGGGCUGUCACGUUUGUUCAUUUUCAACUGUGUAAUUUUGGCGCCAGUGAGUAUUUUGACGUGACUGUCGUCAAAGACAAAAUGGGUUAUGUGAUAUCCCCCAAUGUCAGACCCAGGCGUGUUAUGAAGGGGCGCUGCACGACUCUGUCCAUUCGAGCAAGAGCUACCCGCUCUCAAGACGUGAAAAAGACAAAUACUGUUUUCAUAAUCGCUAAGGGUCGAACGUCUAAAUUUGUCGUUUCUCAAGCAGUGCGGCUUUUUGUUGUCCCAGGUGCAAAUUAAAACUUUAGAGGAGAUGAAAACCUGCUCUUUUCGUCGUACAUAUUAAACUGUAAGCUUUAUUUCAAUCUAUGUAUUUUAUUUUCAUCUAGAUAUGUUUUAUUUCAAUAUAGGAGGAACAAUUUUACGUUUUAGUUAUAUUUUAUAAAGCGAUAUCAAGUUGUGCUAAAUAAAUUUCAAUUUGUAUCGAAUAAACGUAAAGAGAGGUUUGUCCUCUCAAGUUAAGGGAGAUUAAAA